GCUGAUGCCUGUAGUUCGCCACUGGAUGUAGGAGCUAGAAGCGAAAGGAUUCGAAGCAAGUGUAGACGUAGACGGUUUUCAUUUACACUGGUGUGUUUUGAAGGUGCCAGCCAUAAAUUGGAAUAGUAGGCUUCAUAAACAUUUUUCAUAACUUUAGCCGAUUGGGCUAAAUCCGAAGGCAAUCUGGAGGAAGCGGGAGUUCCGAAGAUAUGCACUCAGCAUGGAUUUUAUGUAAUUCCUACAGUAUGUGAAGAGAUGAUGGCUCCAGAGAAAGAACAGAAAGGGACCAGUCGUGUGAUAUUGGUCAAGAAAGUAAUAAUGCGGGAUGGGAAUGUGGCACAGCCAGGCAUUGGGAAAGCCAGUGUUGGCCAUGCUGUGGUGGUCAUCUUCCUGGAGUUCUUUGCCUGGGGACUACUAACAACCCCCAUGCUGACGGUUUUGCGGGAGACGUUUCCACAUCACACAUUUCUGAUGAAUGGUCUCAUUCAGGGAGUAAAGGGUCUUCUGUCCUUCAUGUGCGCUCCUCUGAUUGGCGCCCUGUCAGAUGUGUGGGGUCGGAGGUCGUUCCUGCUGGUGACGGUGUUUUUCACCUGCGCCCCUAUUCCUCUCAUGAGGCUCAGCCCGUGGUGGUACUUUGCCAUGAUCUCUGUGUCGGGGGCUUUCGCUGUCACCUUUUCAGUCAUCUUUGCGUACGUGGCUGAUGUCACAGAGGAGCGGGAGAGAAGCACAGCCUAUGGACUGGUGUCUGCCACGUUCGCCGCCAGCCUCGUCACAAGCCCAGCCAUCGGGGCGUACCUGUCAAUGCGCUAUGGCGACAACCUGGUGGUGCUGGUGGCCACACUCAUCGCCCUGGCAGACAUCUGCUUCAUCAUGCUGGCCGUGCCCGAGUCGCUCCCAGAGAAGAUGCGUCUCAACACCUGGGGAGCACCCAUCUCCUGGGAGCAGGCCGACCCGUUCGCUUCUCUGAGGAAAGUGGGGAAGGACCCCACUGUUCUUAUGAUCUGCAUCACUGUGUUCCUGUCCUACCUACCUGAGGCGGGCCAAUACUCCAGCUUCUUCCUCUACCUGAGACAGGUCAUAAACUUCACCCCCACCACGAUAGCCGUGUUCAUCGGAGUAGUGGGCAUCCUCUCGAUCGUGGCGCAGACUCUGGUGCUGACACUGCUGAUGAGGACCAUUGGGAACAAGAACACUGUGCUGCUGGGCCUCGGCUUCCAGGUUCUACAGCUGGCCUGGUACGGCUUUGGCUCCGAGCCCUGGAUGAUGUGGGCAGCGGGGGCGGUGGCAGCCAUGUCCAGUAUUACCUUCCCCGCGGUGAGCGCUCUGCUGUCCCGCAGUGCCGACCCUGACAAGCAAGGCUUGGCGCAGGGCAUGAUCACUGGCAUCCGAGGGUUGUGUAACGGCCUGGGUCCUGCCCUCUACGGCCUCAUCUUCUUCAUGUUUAACGUGGAGCUGAACGGCAUCGGGCCCAUUGAGCCGGAGUACCCCAUUGCUCCAAUCGUGCCCCCUGAGAGGAGCAUCAUCCCCGGGCCGCCCUUCCUGCUGGGCGCGUGCACGGUGGUGGUGGCCUUCCUGGUGGCCAUGUUCAUCCCCGAGCGCAGCGCCGAGGCCGACGUGGCGCUGUGCCACACGCGCAAGACCAGCACCAGCUCCAUCUCCAGCGGCGGCGGCGGCAGCGCCUGCGCCGAGAUGCCCGAGGCCCACAUCAACGCGCAGCUGCCCGGCAGCGAGGACGACCUGGACUUCGAGCCGCUGCUGCAGGACAGCAAAGUGUGACGGUGUCUCGCGCCUCUCCUCUCCUGGCUCUUGACCUCCCCUGUGUGUGACCUCGUGAUUCCAACACCUUCCCCCGUGCCUGCGGUGGUGGGGGGGUGUGUGUUGUGUGAGGAGGGCCACGCCUGGUUUUUUUUUUUGUUGUGAGACUCUUUCCUUACCUUUCUUGAAGAAAGAGGGGACAGGACCAAUUUUUUUGCCACACUACAAGCGAACUACCAGUGUUCAUCAAUUACGAAUUCCCUCACUCACAUAGAUAUAUACACACUGAGAGAGAAAGAGAGAGAUUUUUCUCCGUGUGAUUUUAACGUGUUGUUACUUCUGUUUUGUUGAUGCAAGGGAAGAUGUUGUGGGGACCUGAUUCUCAAGCACUGUUCCGUCUGCGUCGUUCCGAGAAUUUCGUCUCUGCAAUAUCCAGGGAGUUGGCUUGAGGGCUGGUUCCAAAUGCAAAUGGUGGAUUCCAGACAGAUGGCACCCCUGUCGUUUUGAAAAUACAACCGUGGGAAUGUGUGAUUUUAAGUAGCCAUAACAGAAGAAUGGACCAGUGAGUCGGAAUGUCCAGGGGCUACCCGGGUGCCAGUAGAAUUGAAUCGCAUACAAAUUAACACAUCUUGAAGUUCCUCUACAUAUCCAGUAAGGUGUCCAAAAUUGUGUGUUUUUCAAUGUCGAAGGUUCAAGGUAGACAUUUUGCACAAGUCUUGUUGAGAUGAUUUGGACCUGAACGUUACUGCUAAUGUAUGCCUCUAUGUUUUAUGACUGAGCUGUAGGUUUGAAAUCCUAGUGGAGGACGCAGAUUUUAACUUGACCAUGGGGAGAUCCGGGAGCAUAUCUAUUGCCAUGUAUAUGGUCGUUAGAGGCUGAUAUAUGUGAUCGAAUCUCCCCUUGUUGCUGCUCUGCAGAAGAGGUCAGUUUUAGAGGGAAGUGACUUCCUGCAGCCAACUAGUGUGAGUACAGGGGCUGGUGAAUUAGACGUGUACAGUACAUUUACAUUGUUAAGUUCUAGCCUAUGCAGUACUGUUUAUUAUGAUCUUACUUUCCAUAACUUUUAGUUAAUUUAAUUUCGGAACUAUAUCUUGUACAUAACAUUUAUAUGCCACCUGCAUGUAAUGUAAGUUCAUAUUUAUGUUGACGACAUUAGCACUCUGAUCUUUUACUUUUUAUUCUAUUGAUAAUUCUAUUAAUAUUUUUACUCUUUUCGUCUCCUUUUGAGAAAAGGGACUUGUUUUUAUAUACUUUUAUUGGAAGCAUUUUUGGGGUUUCUGGUAUUUAUCGCAGAGGUUGGGGUCUUUUAACCAAAAAGCAUCUUCACAUCUCAAAUGUGUGUGAGAGACUGCUUUACCAGCUACCUCAGGUUUGGAGGGCAUUAUCUGAGUACGACUACAAUUUGCUUGCAUAGCCAUGGUCCAUCUCUUUCUUUCUUUCUUUCCUCCUUUCUUUCUGUCUUUCUCUCUCUUUCUCUCCCUCCCUCUCUUUCUCUGGUAUCAAACAAGAAAAGGGAUCACUAACUGAAAAGACAGCUUGGUGAGACAGACCCAGAUUGUAAAUAUAGAGUAUAUAUUUCCCUUUGACUAGUCCUGCAGAAAUUUGCCAGAUGUUUAUAGAGUGUAGUUAACACAGUAUAUUUGCCCCUGCCACAUAGGGUAUGGAAGACUUCACUGUCAAUGUUGUGUGUCUCAGAAAUGUCACGUCCCUUGUUUAAGGUAUGCAGUGUUUCAUGGUUGGGUGCAGAUCUGUGGAUGGGUGUGUUUGUGUGUGUGUGUGUGUAUGUGUGUAUGAAUCUGUGUUUGUUACUUUUUACCCACACUAAAACAAACAAGCAGUAAAGACUGAUUUGAGUGUAUGUACCGAUACACUAGAGGAAUUACCACACACACACACAAACACAUGCUCAUACACACAAUAUGUUCAGAGCUUGAUAAUGUGCCCAUAUUGGCCUUGGGCAAGUGGCUUGCGAUAAAAAAUCACCAUACCUGCAGUCCCUUACAUAGUCUGCCACAAGAGAUUCCACACAAUGAUGCCGCUGAGGCAGUUUUCCACCGUUAAUGAUUGCAGUUUAUGUGUUUGUUUGUCUCUGUGUGUACGUGUCGCUGUGCGAGGGAGGAGGAGGAGAGAGAGAGAGUGAUAGAGAGGCAUAGAGAGAAAGAGAGUCUUAUAUGUGUAUAUUCUUCACAGCCUGUAACUCUAAUAUGAGAUGUAUCAUAAUGACAAUGUAAAUAAAUGCAAGGCUCAUUUAGAUUGCACUGUAUUGAAGAUGACUUGAAGAAGAGGUAUGUCCUGACAGCUAUAUUUUUUUGAGGAGAUGACACCUGUGUGUGUGUGUUUCGUCGAAGUAGUGUCACAAGUGUUUUCCAUGUGUGAAGGAGGCUGACGAGGUCUUGGUGUUGUUCGUAUAUGUGAUUGUACAGAUCGAAAGCCCACAAGAGUGAUUGUCACCUUUAAAAUGUGUUUGACAAGUGUGUUCAGCGUCUGUGGAAAUCCUGGUGUUUUUUUUUUUUUGCACCUUUACAUUUUUAGGUCAUAACAGAUGUGCCUAAAGAAUGGCUGUCUCGUUUUUUUGCCACCAAACGAGAAGGGGGAAAAUAACGCUGGGUGCUUUGAGCAGCUGUGGUUGCUCUAUAAUGACACCGCAUUUACGAUGUACACGGGCUAUGUAUUUAUAAUAAACUUGUCCUGUCUGUCAAUCUUGUAAAGAGCUGAAAUUACUAAUAAAAGAACAGCCAAGAGAA